AUGGUUGCUUUUGGAACUAUCUCUACUGCUUUGGCUUUCACAGCCGCUGCUCUUCCAGUUGCUCUCGCUGGUAUCCAGCCCAUUGACUUCUCAGAUAACUAUGUCAAACCCGGUGAGAUCAGGCCGCUCUACGAAUCUCACGGCUACACAUUCGAGCACUUCGACCUUAUCGGUGGUCUUCUCGAUACCACUGGGAAUCUUGUAUACGACCUUCUCGCUACAGUAGGGGACAUCCUUGGUGGUGGGAGGACAAGGUAUGGCCAUGGCGUUGGAAUAAUUGGCGGGUAUGAUCAAUAUAAGCUAGGCCGCAUCCAUCACACCUCGGGAAAACCAUUCAACAUCCUCGGUCUCAAGACUCUCUGCUGCGCUCCCCAUAUCUCUAGGAGAUGCGACCCUGUCGACUGCAAAAUCAAAAUUAGUGGAUACGACAAGCCAGAAGGCGGCAGGAAGAUCUAUGACCACGAGUUUUAUAUCCCCAAGUCAAGCCACAGGGGCAGGGCUCCAGUUUAUCUCGAUGCCACUCGCGACGGUAUUGCCACCCACGGGGUCCCUGGCCAAUAUUUGAGCUCCAUGAACAUCGAUGUUGACUUCCUCGACACCACCGGCAAUGGCGCCGACAAGGAGCACAGUGGCCGUUACAGUUACAAGUCGCGCUCCCAAAGCCGCAAUAAAAGGGACCCCCUCGGCCUUGGAUUAGUCAUUGACCUCAACCUUUCUGAUUAA